UUUGCGUGUGCAGCUGAAAAGCAAAUGUUUAGGUCCUUAAGCAAUAAGAAUUCUUUAUUGGCUUAGAAACUCAAUUUGUGUCAAGAGUUUACAAGGACUUUCCAUUCACAAGCACAUGUAUUGAACACUCAUUGUUGGUGUGUUUUCUUAUGAGCACUCACUGUUGGUCUUUUUUGGGGGUUUCCAUUUGAGGCUACCAAUGGUGAGGUGGAGUCAAAUUACUUGGUGGACGUGUGGUCAAGGAACCACCCCUGCUACAUUGGCGAGUGGUGGCUCCUCAGCGUUGGCCGUCAUUUGCAGUAUCUCCUUCUGUAGCUCCAGCAGCAGCAAUGACGAUGACAAGCUGGACAAGCCCAUGACAGAAGCCAUGGACGGGCUGUACGGAGAAGCUCCUCUAGAAGAGCAUGUUGUCAAUGGCAUCAACACAAGAUUCAAUUGCUGCGUAGCGCUCACACUGCAGUGGUGUCAAAGUAUGUCUGUACAAAAAGAAGCAUUUAUCAACGGCUUCACCGGCACCGAGGGUGGGAUCGUAGAGCAGCUCCUCACCUCAGUGCAAGCAAUUCUCCGGAGGAUGACGCAAUAG